AUGGCCUCCAAAACCUGGAACGUCGGUAUCGUAGGCUAUGGCUUCAGCGCCAAAAUCUUCCACAUUCCCUUCGUCGCAGAAGUCCCUCAAUUCAAACUCUAUGCUAUUGUGCAGCGCACACCCAAGCCCGAGGACGAUGCCGAGAAAGACCACCCUGGAGUCAAGUCUUAUCGCACCGCUGAGGACAUGAUCAAGGAUGCUGCGGUCGACGUUGUGAUCAUCACCACUGCCCCAGACUCGCAUUAUGCUUUGGCGAAGCUGGCUCUGGAGAACGGCAAACACGUUGUUUGCGAAAAGCCCUUCACACCCACCUCGGAGGAGGCCAAUGACCUCGUUACCCUUGCGCAGCAGCAGAACAGGCUGUUGGCCGUAUACCAGAACCGCCGAUUCGAUGCCGACUUUGUCACAUUAACCAAGCUGGUGAAGAACGGCUCGCUUGGCCGAGUUGUCGAAUUCGAGACUCACUUUGACCGUCAUCGGCCCGAGGAGCCCGCCGCCGAUGUUUCGAAAUGGAAGAACAAGGUCAUCCCGGGUGGCAGCGCCAUCUACGAUCUCGGAAGCCAUCUACUCGAUCAGGCUGUUCAGCUGAUGGGAAUGCCGGAUCGGAUCACAGGCUUCGUUGGCUCCCAGAGGGCUGUGAACACGACCGGUUUUGAGGACUCGUUCACUGUUCUGUUGCACUAUAACAAUGGACUUCUUGUAACCGCCAAGGCGGGUGUUGUGAGCCCUGAGGAGAAGCAGUUGCGGUACUGGGUUCGAGGUGAGAAGGGUAGCUUCAAGAAGUUCCACCUCGACAUUCAGGAGGACCAGCUCAAGGCCGGAAUGAGACCCGGAGACAACGGAUACGCCCGGGAACCUAGUGAUAGAUACGGAACCCUGACCACCAUCCAAGACGGCAAGCCUGUCGCCGAGAUCUUCCCAACAGUGGAACCACCUACGUACACCGAAUAUUAUCGGAAGCUUGCCCGUGCUCUUGCCGGAGAAGGCGAUCUCCCGGCCAGUGGUGCUGAGGCCGCCAAAGUCAUCAGAUUGAUUGAGCUGGCGAAGGAAAGCUCGAAGCUUGGCAAGACAAUUGACGUUUGA